CUCCUCGCAGCUGUCAAGACCUCCUGGCUCGACGGCCGCCACGUCGUGUUCGGCCGCGUGCUGGAGGGCAUGGAUGUGGUGCAGUUCAUCGAGAAGGUGCCCAAGGGCUCGGGCGACCGGCCGCGCGAGGCCGUCACCAUCAAGAAGUCGGGCGAGCUGCCGGCGUCGGGCUCGGCGCCCAGUGCCGCGUCGGAUGCCGCCGCGCCGGAGGCUGCUGCUCAGGUGAAGGACGAGCUCUGAUCCCCUUCCUGGCUGCGCUCCUUCUUUCGCGUCCCUCGCGCGCAUCAUGCGUUGCGAAGGACGCCGAGAGCCGUGCUCGAGUCUUUGCAAGACGAGAGCCGCCUCGCUUCUGCCCUCCCUCUCCCUCUAUCCUCUCCCCCUUCGCAAUGAAAACACUGUUCUGAACUCUUUCCCUCUCGCAGGCCGUCGGUGCCGCCGUCUCCUCCGGCACGAGCGCGGUCGCCGUGGCCGUGCAGAGUGGCGCCGCCAUCGCUGCUGCUGCUGCCUCCUCCGCCGCAAAGGCCGCCGCCACGUCUGCGGCCGCCGGCGGCCUCGGCUCGACGCUCUUCGUCGUGCUCGGCUCGUUUGCCGCAUUCGCCGCCAUCGCCUUUGCCGUGCACCGUCUCGGCGGCAUCGACAACGUCCAGGCGCGCCUGCGCCUCCUCGUCGGCGCCGGCGCAAAGGGCUCGCGGAGAGGCGGCGACGGCCGCGGCGCGUACAGCAACCUGCCUCGCUAAGACUCCCUGGGCUCAGACACACACUCCCCUUUCACGCACAUCCUAAUGCAUUCUGACGAGGGAUGUGCAAAGUGCAUGAGCGCGGCUGGCGAAUGUGCAGCGGCGCCGCAGAGGGAUCACAGAGAGCGCAU